GGCGCCGGUCCAGGAAGUGGCAUGCGAAGGAAGAGGACAGGGAUUCAAAAAUGUCCUCAAUUCGGGAAAUAUUGCGGUUAAUUAUAUAAAUGCUUAGACGUGGUUGUAUAAGAAGGACAUGUCUCCAAUUAGAGGUUGUUCUGGCUUUUAAAUAAUUAAAAUAAGUGAAUAAUUUCGCUCUUAUGUUUCUGGUUCGCGUGUAACAGGGACUGUUUAUCUCUGCUGAAAUACAGCUGAUCCUUUUGACUUUAUUGAAGCACUAAGGAGUUGUAAGAUGAGUUGUGUUGGUCACUUCAUGUACAGUAGGUGUUUGUUUCACCUCAGUAAAGUGAAAACAUCGGUGCCCUGGAGAGGCAGCCAAAAAAGACUGUUUAGCUCUACAGAAACCUGCAGGACUGUCAUGCCUGCCUGGGUUAUAGAUAAAUAUGGAGGCAAUGAUGUGCUAAGAUUCACUAAAAAUGCCAGCUUCCCCAUAAUCAACUACCCCAAUGAGGUCAUAGUCAAAGUGUCUGCAGCAGGACUGAACCCACUGGACGUCAGCAUGAGAGGUGGUUAUGGCGCUGCGACACUGACUAUGAAGAGAGACCCUCUGAACAUCAAACAGUCCGGCAGUGAGUUUCCUCUCAUCCUGGGUCGGGACGUUUCUGGGGUCAUCAUGGAGUGUGGCCUGGAUGUGAAGUACUUCAGAGAAAGGGAUGAGGUGUGGGCUGCUAUUCCACCGUGGAAGCAGGGCAGCCUGUCGGAGUUUGUGGUGCUGAGUGCUAACGAGGUGUCCCUCAAACCACAGUCUCUGAGCCAUACCGAGGCAGCCUCCAUCCCCUACGUGGCCACCACCGCCUGGUCCGCACUCGUUAACACCGGCGGGCUCAGCAAGGACAACUGUGCCAAGAAACGGAUUCUGAUCCUCGGAGGAUCCGGGGGAGUGGGAACAUUUGCUAUACAGAUGCUGAAGGCCUGGGGAGCCCAUUUAACUGUUACCUGCUCCCAGAAUGCCGAGCGGUUCGUUCGGGGCCUAGGGGCGGACCAUGUGGUGGAUUACACUGCUGGACCUGUGGAGGAGCCGCUCAGAGCUCUAGAGAAAUUCGACCUGAUCCUGGAUAACGUCGGCGGGGACACGGAGCGCUGGGCGCUGAAUCUGCUGAAGCCGUGGAGCGGAGCCAAAUAUGUCACCCUUGUUACACCGUUCCUGCAGAACACAGACAUGCUGGGCAUCGCUGACGGCAUGCUGCAGACUGCUGCAACUAUGGCCACCAAAGCUGUCAAGCACCUCGUCAGAGGAGUUCACUACCGCUGGGGAUUCUUUGCACCCAGCGGUCCUGCACUGGAUGAAAUAAGGGCGAUGGUGGAUGCAGGACAGAUCCGGGCUGUGCUGGAUGAGACCUUCAGCUUCUCGCAGGUCCCUCAGGCCUUGGAGAAAGUGGAGAAGGGUCACGCUCGAAAGACUGUGGUCCAGAUCAGCAAAGGAGGAGGCGACUUAUAGCACUGACUCUAUGAGAGACAUUUUUGAAAUGAACUCAAUGAAACAAAGACUAGAAUUUAAAGGUAUGCGGUUUGGAAACAAAGUACAAAUUUACUAUAA